AAAUCUGCGCUGAGAAUGUCUGAAACGGGUCUAUCCCAAACGGGACAGCGAACAAGCUGUCGGGGGAAUCCGUCCAGUGAGCAAAAUCCCUCCGGUGUUCUGGCGCUCUGGGCCCUAAUCACGCAUGUGAUGUAUGUGCAGGAUUACUGGAGGACCUGGUUAAAAGGGCUGAGGUUCUUCCUCUUCAUCGGGAUCCUCUUCUCAGCUCUCUCCGUGGUGGGAUUCUGCAUAUUCCUUGUUCUGGCCAUCACCAAGCACCAGUCCCUGACUGAUCCCAGAAGCUACUACCUGUCGUGUGUUUGGAGUUUCAUCUCCUUGAAAUGGGCCUUCCUGCUCAGUUUGUACGCUUACCGCUACAGGAACGAGUUUGCAGACAUCAGUAUCCUCAGUGACUUCUAACGCUCGGACUUCCACCCUCCCUGAAGGUGCUGGCUCUUUGACUUGCCCCCCGACCCCCGAGGCACGGCACACGCGAGAGGUGUCCGAGAGGUGGAGAAGGAUCCCACGCAGCGCUGCUUGGUUUGUCUGUCCGCAGUAGGGGUUUUUUUUCCUAAUUGCUUUUACUCAACCGUUUAAAGUCUGGCUAACGAUGUCGAUCUAGUCUCUCUCUGUAACUGCCCCUGGGAGUCCCUGUGUCUGGUAGCGAGGUGACAGAUUUUUCUUGCCCUGAAGCCUGGGAGAGUUUUCCAGCGGGGAGGAGGUCCUGGGGGCCUGCUGGGUUCAUUCCUCAUGGCUGCAGCACCCCAACAUCUUGUCCUCGUGAGUGCUGCACGUGGGCACCCCAGAUGUGUGUAGAGAAGGACCCUGCUGUGUGAAAGUUGGCUCCUUUUGUGCUGCUCUGCUCCGCAAAAGGGGAAGGGAGAGAUGAGCCCUUCUUUGUGGCAGAAGUCCCUACCUCCCUUCCAGCCAGUACCCCGCAGCUUCCAGUAUUUUCUUUUUACACAUUGUACACGAGGUCAGCUCUCCCCUGUGGUCUGGGCGAGCCCGGAGGGACGGGCCAGCAGCAGGGAAGCACUGGUCAUCUCAAAGCUCUGUCAGAGGUGGAGAAUGCUGUUUCGGGCUGCUCUCCAGGAUCAUUUUUAAAAAGGAACUUAAUACCAUAUUUAACACUCUAAAAGUUUUAGCAUGUAGAAUCAGAUGUUUGGGUGAAAGAUGCACUGUGCAAAGGCAUGAACCUCUGGAGAAACAUGAAUAUGAUUCUUCUUAAAAAAAAAAACAACAAACUUUUUGUAGGCAGCAGUGUUUCCUUUUCUUCGCUCAGCUCCCCUGUAACAGUCAGCAGGAUGAGAGCAGGGAGCCAGCCCUGCGUGGCACUGCUCCCCUCGACCUGAAACCCGGCUGGAUUUAGCGACUUCUUUAAUCCCCGCGUUUUUCUCCCCACCAGCAGCUGCCCUGAGAUGCUCAAAACCCCCAAGCAUUUGUGUGUUUCCUUGUUACCUGUUUGUGCUUCGAACCAGCUGAAGGUUUUUCUGCUCUGGCAGGAUCCAGGCUGACGUUCCGCCGUGUCGGGCGGAUGGGCCUGGCUGCUGCAGGCUGGAGAUGGCAGUUUGUAUGCCAUGAAUAAUUCUGUGGGUGGGUGCACAGAGAGGCAGGAGCAGCCCCUUCCCUCUGGUGAGCAAGGUGGGUGUUUGGAGGGGUCUCCCAGCCACAACUGUCCUGCCACAACUCCCGGGGUGCUGCUGGAGGCCCCCCCAAAGUGCCCUUUUGGUGGUUGGUGGCAGAGGGUGGGUGUCGGGACCUGCUCAGGGUUUUGUGACGGCGACUGGAAGGUCCUGUGGGCUCUCCCGUCACCCUACACCACACAAAGCUCCCAGUCUGGGCUUGGGCUUUGUCACCCUCCCCUAGGCAGGUGCUCUGUGGAAUCCCUCUCCAUGCUCAAAGGCUCCAUCCUCACCUUCGCUGCUCUGGGUUUUGCUUUGGUUCAAGCUCACAGGAAUUCCCUGGAGCCGGUGAGGGACUUUGGGGGGAGUGUUUGACGACAUCUGUUGCUCGUGUUCUCCCGUUUCUUGGGGUAGGAAGAUCCUCAGGUGACUUAACCAGAUGGAGGAACGUCGUGGGGGCUGUGUGUAAACCAAGGUUAUAGCCAGCUUUUGCCAGGGGACCUGCUGGAGUCACUAAACCCAGACAGAGGCUGCGAACGGGAAAUGCGCUUUCUGACGAGAUUAAAUACUUACGAGAUUAAUACUCAGGAAUUAAAUACUCAAAUCUCCCUUUCUGCUGACGUCGGGCAGGCAGCAUGCCCGGCUGGGGAUGGAAUGGCUCAUCCCACUUCCCUACCCGAAGCCGUGGCACCCGCUGUGGAGUUUACGCGUGGUUUUAGCAUCGGUCGCUCCGUUUGUCUCACACCUCAUCUUACACCUCCCCGACGCAGCGCGGCCCCCGCCUCGGCUGUGCCCCGGCUCCCAGAUCUCCUGUGCUGGGACUCGGCCACUGCCCGGCAGCAAAACCUUGUCCCUGAAGUGCAGAGACCUCCUGGCUGCACCCCCAGCACCUCGCAGCAGGGUCGGGGGGGGGGGAGUUUCCCUUCCAACCCCCCAUCACUUUACCCCGGAGGUUUUUAAAGUUUAUUUUUGUGACUGUAAAUUUGCCUACAAACAGCUCACUGAAUCUUAACCUGUUUUCUCCCCUGACGUGUUUUAGCUCCGGAAUUUAUACUCGCAUCCCGGCUUUUUAAAAGAUCGUGUAUGUAAAUAUAUAAUAUAUUUUUACAUUGUUUAUGCUUCGUUUGCACGCUUGGUGUAAGAGUCGGUGCUGCGGUGGGAUGAUGUAAUUCACUGCCUGUAUCCCGGUGGCUGCUUGUACUAAACCACACUAUAACCUGUAUGUGACACCACGGUAAGAGCAGAAAUACAAGUCGUUUUUUCUCACCAAA